AUGCCUGAUCCUUCUCAGCUUCCUCCAGCACUCCGUAAUUUCAUUCUCACAAUUAGUUCCUACUUGAAUGAAACUUUAUAUCCUCAAAAUUCAACGCUUGCUAUUAGUGAUCCUGAAUUGUUUGCAGCCCUAACCAAUCUACAUCAAGCUUCAUUGCCUGUACUUAAAAUUAUUUCAAAUGUAACUAUUCCAAACAAUACUUGGGUCAUCUAUGAUGAAGUUAAAGAAUUCAAUCAGAUUGGCAUACAAGCAAUGGAUCUCUUGUCUGCACGUAUACUGACACCAACAAAAAUUCCUUUAGAAAUGGAGUUGGCCGCUAUGGCAGAUAUAAUCCAGUUUAUCGAGCUACCCGAUAAAUCAGUGGACGAACAACUUAGCAAAGAGGUUCAAAUAAUCGUUGAUGGUAUUUUGAAAAAGGUAAGUCAACAUUGGACAUUGCUAUAG